UCCGGCGAGUAAUGGCUGCUCCCGAGACCCAGAGGGCUGCUGCCCGACUGGAGGAAGACGGUAGUAGAGGCCGCAGCGAAGUCCGGGGUGUAGGUUAUGAAGACAGUAAGGAUUGUAUCCUAGAGCCGCUUUCCCUGCCAGAAAGUCCAGGUGGCACCACCACUUUAGAAGGUUCUCCAUCUGUGCCUUGUAUUUUCUGUGAAGAACAUUUUCCUGUGGCUGAACAAGACAAACUUCUAAAGCACAUGAUUAUUGAGCAUAAGUUUGUCAUAGCUGAUGUCAAGUUGGUUGCUGAUUUCCAAAGGUACAUUUUAUAUUGGAAGAAAAGGUUCACUGAACAGCCCAUCACAGAUUUCUGUAGUGUGAUAAGAAUCAAUUCCACAGCUCCAUUUGAAGAACAAGAAAAUUAUUUUUUGUUAUGUGAUGUUUUACCAGAAGAUAGAAUUCUUAGAGAGGAACUUCAGAAACAGAGACUGAAAGAAAUUCUAGAACAGCAGCAGCAAGAACGAAAUGAUACCAAUUUUCAUGGCAUUUGUAUGUUUUGCAAUGGAGAAUUCCUUGGAAACAGAUCUGUUCUUUUGAACCACAUGGCCAGAGAACAUGCUUUCAACAUUGGAUUGCCAGACAACAUUGUAAAUUGCAAUGAAUUUCUGUGUAUGUUACAGAAAAAGCUUGACAGUUUGCAGUGUUUGUACUGUGAGAAAACCUUUAGGGACAAAAAUACACUUAAAGAUCACAUGAGGAAAAAACAGCAUCGUAGGAUCAAUCCUAAGAACAGAGAGUAUGACCGAUUUUAUGUCAUCAAUUACUUGGAACUCGGAAAAUCCUGGGAAGAAGUUCAGCUGGAAGAUGAUCGGGAAUUGCUAGACCAUCAGGAAGAGGACUGGUCUGAUUGGGAAGAACACCCUGCCUCUGCUGUCUGCUUAUUUUGUGAAAAGCAAGCAGAAGCAAUCGAGAAGUUGUAUGGCCACAUGGAGGAUGCACACGAAUUUGACCUUCUCAAAAUAAAAUCAGAACUUGGAUUAAAUUUCUAUCAGCAAGUGAAACUGGUCAAUUUCAUUCGGAGGCAAGUUCACCAGUGUAGAUGUUAUGGCUGCCACAUGAAGUUCAAAUCCAAAGCAGACUUAAGGACUCACAUGCAAGAAACUAAACAUACUUCACUGCUUCCUGAGAGAAAGACAUGGGAUCAACUUGAGUAUUAUUUUCCAACCUAUGAAAACGACACUCUCCUGUGUACACUCUCUGACAGUGAAAGUGACCUGACAUCUCAGGAACAAAAUGAAAAUGUUCCCAUCAUCAGUGAAGAUACAUCUAAACUUCAUGCUUUGAAACAAAGCAGUAUUUUGAACCAGUUGCUACUACAAGAGUGCUUAAAAAAGUAGAAACUACUACAGAAGCAAUGUCAUUUUCAUGUUUUUCUCUUAUGAGACAGACAUGAAAGCAUAGUUUGAAUUUGAAGGUCAACGAAGGAUUAGUCCUUGGUGACAUAAACUUUUCAAAAAUGAAUGUUCUUUUCAAAGACUAAAACAGAAAAUAAAAUGAAGACUCUUUGUAUUCUGGCUAUAAAGUUUUACUGUAUGAGCAUCUUAAAUGAUCUCAUUUCACUAAACCUGUAAUUAUCUGGAGGGAGGACAUGCUAAUCACAAAGAAAUGAAAUACUCAAAUUAUUCAUUAACCUGAUUUUCAACUAGUAAUUUCAGUCUCCUCCACAGGCUGAUUCAUCCAAUAAGUUAGAAAAUUUGAUAGUGUGCUUUCUCUAUUCUAUAGGGUAAACUGUAAAGUCAAGACCAAAAAGAGGAGCCACAGAAGAAAGAACAAUGGUCAGAAACCUGAGUAACCUGAGUAAACCUGUGGAAAUUGGACAUUAUUUUAGAAUAUUCGAGAGCUGUCUACAUUAUCAUUAUUACUUUCUACCUAGAGUUUCCAAACUCUCUAGAAAUGGACAUCAAGCCGUAUGUAUGUCCCUAGCAGAUAGUACAGUUUUUUACAUAAGCACAAUACUGCUGUGACAUGUAACAAAAUUAACAGUAAGUUCUUAAUAUCAUCUGUUUUCCAUUUUCCCCACUUCCCUCAAAAUGUCUUUUUAUAUUAUCACUUCCACAACUGGUAUUGCGUAUCUCCUGGUAAGAUACACUACAGAGGGGGAAAAAAAAAAAAUGCAUACCCUGAAUAUAAGGAAGAAACAGACCCAAGUUGAAAAGUGUCAAGCUCACAAAAUCAAAGACUGAAAAACUAAACAUAGCACAGUGUGAUCCUGGAUUGGAUGCCUGACCAAGAGAAAGAUGUUUUCCUUUACUAUAAAAGACAUUAGUGUGACAAUUGACAAUAUUUAAAUAAGAUCCAUAGUAAAUGUUAUGAUAUUGUUGUUUAUUUUCAGAUUUUGAUCAUUGUGCUGUGCUUAUGGGAGAAUGUCUUUGUUUUUAGGAAAAACACAUUUACUUAUUUAGGAGUAAAGGAUCAUUUUGUUUUCUUUGUAUUUCCAAAAAGCUAACGUGGAUAUAUAGAGAGUAAUAAAUGUCUUUUUACAGUUGG